AUGACUAGUUCUCCAGGCUGUGUUCAGCUUCCUAGACAGGGACCUUUAGCGUGGGCAACGGAAGGGCAGCCCAUCCUGCCAUUCCCUCCUCACCACUCCCCCUCCUCCUGUCCCGGCACCCCGCCAGAGGGAGAGCGCGGCCGGGGCGAGGCGAGCAGCCAGCACGAUUGUCCCACCGCCCUCCGCCUCCGUCAGCGCCGGGGCAGCGGUGGACCCGCGAGGGGCGGAGUGGGCGAGACCAUUGGAAACAUUUGGAAGGGGGGACGAGGCGGGGACGAGGCGUACAACAUAGUGAUUCGACAGUUCUAUACAUUAGGCUGUGCUUACCACCGUGCCUUAGCUGGGCCAAUUAUUGUGGAGCCACAUGUCACAGCAGUAUGGGGAAAGAAUGUUUCAUUGAAGUGUUUAAUUGAAGUAAAUGAAACUAUAACACAAAUUUCAUGGGAGAAGAUCCAUGGCAAAAGUUCACAGACUGUUGCAGUUCAUCAUCCUCAGUAUGGAUUCUCUGUUCAAGGAGAAUAUCAGGGAAGAGUCUUGUUUAAAAACUAUUCACUUAAUGAUGCUACAAUUACUCUACAUAACAUAGGAUUCUCUGAUUCUGGAAAGUACAUAUGCAAAGCUGUUACAUUCCCGCUUGGAAAUGCUCAGUCUUCUACAACCGUAACUGUAUUAGUUGAACCCACUGUGAGCCUGAUAAAAGGGCCAGAUUCUUUAAUUGAUGGAGGAAAUGAAACGGUAGCAGCCAUUUGUAUCGCAGCCACUGGAAAACCAGUUGCACACAUUGACUGGGAAGGUGAUCUUGGUGAAAUGGAAUCCACUACAACUUCUUUUCCAAAUGAAACGGCAACAAUUGUCAGUCAGUAUAAGCUGUUUCCAACCAGAUUUGCUAGAGGAAGGCGAAUUACUUGUGUUGUAAAACAUCCAGCCUUGGAAAAGGACAUCCGAUAUUCUUUCAUAUUAGAUAUACAGUAUGCUCCUGAGGUUUCAGUAACAGGCUAUGAUGGGAAUUGGUUUGUAGGAAGAAAAGGUGUUAAUCUCAAGUGUAAUGCUGAUGCAAAUCCACCACCCUUCAAAUCUGUGUGGAGCAGGUUAGAUGGACAGUGGCCUGAUGGUUUAUUGGCUUCAGACAAUACUCUUCAUUUUGUCCAUCCAUUGACUUUCAAUUAUUCUGGUGUUUAUGUCUGUAAAGUGACCAAUUCCCUUGGUCAAAGGAGUGAUCAAAAGGUCAUCUACAUUUCAGAUGUUCCACUUAAGCAGACCUCCUCCAUAGCCGUAGCUGGCGCCGUAAUUGGAGCCGUCCUUGCCCUUUUCAUCAUUGCUAUCUUUGUGACUGUGCUGCUGACUCCUCGAAAAAAGAGACCAUCCUAUCUUGACAAAGUGAUCGACCUUCCACCCACACAUAAACCACCUCCUAUGUAUGAAGAACGAUCUCCCCCUUUGCCUCAAAAAGACCUUCUAUAUCAGACCGAACACUUGCCUCUGCAGACUCAGUUCCGAGAAAGAGAGGUGGGCGGCCUCCAGCACUCUAAUGGGCUAAGUCGCAGGAGAGUGGACUAUGAAGAUGAGAAUCCUGUGGGGGAAGAUGGGAUCCAGCAGAUGUGCCCCCUUUACAAUCAGAUAUGCCAGAAAGACCGGAGCCCGGGCAAGCAUCGUCAAAGCAACGACCCUGAGAGAGUGUACAUCAACCCGCGAGAACAUUAUGUGUGA